AUGACGCUCCCUUCUGAGCAAGAGAGACCCCUCGUCGCCGGCUGGGCCCGGUCAUGCUGGGAUUGUUUGUCCUCGGCUGAACAAGACCAGCAGUCCCGGCCCACGACCAACAACGGCGCCGAGCGAGAUAUGAAAGUAUGCUACAACCAGCCGCAUCUUGUUCCGCCGAUGCAGCUAGCUGUCGAUGACAAUAUUUCAAGUCUGAAGAUUCAUCAUCAUCCUCGGAGUUCGUUGGCAUCGUGGAUCGGAGACCGGAAACAUGCUUCCCGGGCACCUCACCGGGCAAGCAUCUCCAUGAAGCGACAAACAAACCUCCCGUUGAAAAUCAGCGCUCCCUCGGACUUCCGCGUAGUCAACUCGUAUCACCCCCAACCUCGCAUCGUGCAAUCGGUUUACCUCCAGCCUCGAACUUUUUCAAAGAAGUAUAAUCCUCUGGAACUGAGCAUUUACAGAUCUGGUAAUCGGCUAUCGGAUCUUCCUGGAUUCGACUCGUUUCAACUGGAUGAAGAGAUCCAGCGCACAGCGUUGGCCGCCCCACCAACCGCCCUCCUUCCAGCUGAAACACGUCAGCGUCGCUGUGUGUCUAGCGAUGCGAGGUUUUCAGUCUCCCGCAAACCUGUUAAGGCUAGAGAUGAUGGGGCUCUUGCUAACGUGGAGCCUCCACUCCAACGACCGCGGCCGGUUCGCGUUGCCAGUGCUCUCAUCCCACAUUUCUCUAUCGUCCAUCCGAUUGAGACUGGUCAGCCCAUAACCUAUCACUUCCAUCCUCGAAUGAUACCCCCGGUGCCUCAAAUCCCGACCAUGCACAAUGCAUCCGUGAGCACGCAGAGCACGCAGAGCACGCAUGGCCGGUCGACGUCGGGACAAAGCAAUACUGAAGUAUCCGUUCAAGUCACCGAAAUGUCUUCGAUUGAAGCAACUCCUCGAACUCCAUCGGAUGAGAAGUCUUUGACCGAUGAGUAUCAAGUCAGGGACUCUCCGUCCUCAGCUAGCUCGCGGACGAUGCCAUCUCGGAUCUCCUCACUGCGUCGUCCAUCCACUACUGCUGAGAGCUGCAAGACGAAUGACUCGGUGCCGCUUUCGAACCGAGUGAGCCAAUGGUUCUCUCCAAUCAAACCGCCAUAUUCUCCCAAACCACUUUCAGUUUCUAGCGAAAAGGAUUUUGAAUGGGAGAGAACCCGCACACUAAGUGGCACCACUGUCGGCUCAACGGUUACCACCAUCACUGGUGGCGCUAGAACUCGGAGACAGAAUGCCUCUUUUUCCAGCACAUUCAGCAACGGAACCACGCUGCGUGCCUCAUUGUAUGGCCCUCUUCCGACUGGCGGCCCUCUCCCAACUGGAGAAAAUGAUCUUGAGGUAGGGCGCUGCUAUCCGACUAUCUUUGAAGGUCAGCCGCAGCAGAACCCGAGUCCGAUGUCUCAUCCAGAUGAUCCAAAUCGAUACCGGAAGUCCCUGAUUGGCAUUGCUUUCUAG